CUGAGGGGGGGACUCACGAUCCGUCGCAAGAUCGGCCCGGCCGCGGUCGCCAGGGUAACCGGAGUGGGGAUGGCGGAGAGGGCCAGUGUGACACAGCUGCGGGAGGAUGGAAAUGCACAUUUUAAAUCGGGAGACUAUGAGGCUGCCCUGUCCUGCUAUACGCAAGCAAUUGAGCUUUCCCCAGCUUUGGCCGAGCUCAUGGUGCUGCACCGCAACAGGGCAGCCUGCUACCUCAAGCUGGAACAGUACUCAAAGGCUGAGGCAGAUGCUUCAAAGGUCAUUGAGGCAGAUGGCAAGGAUGUGAAGGCUCUCUUCCGCAGGAGUCAGGCCCUGCAGGAGCAGGGAAAACUGGAUCAGGCGUUUGCCGAUAUCCAAAGGUGUGCUCUUCUGGAACCCAAGAACAAAGUCUUCCAGGAAUCACUGCGGCAAAUUGCAGCAACGGUCCAGGAGAAGGUCCAACUGCAGUCCUCUACUGAUUCUCGAGUGGAACAAAUGUUUAACAUCCUCUUGGAUCCUGGGGAGAAAGAUUCUGACAAAAAACAAAAGGCUGUCCAGAAUCUGAUUGUUCUUGCUCGCGAAGAUGCUGGGGCUGAAAGGAUUUUUCGCAGUGAUGGAGCACGUCUCCUUCAGAAAAUGCUGGACACGGGGAACGUGGAUGUUAUGCUGGCUUCACUACGCACACUGGUUGGACUGUGCUCAGGUCACCAAUCUCGGGCAACAAUGAUUUUGUACACAGUAGGAAUGGAGAGGCUCUGCAAUGUGAUGGGCAAUGACCACGAACAGGUCUCCCUGGCAACGUGCAAUGUCCUGCAGAGUAUUUUCGAUUCAUUGAAAGGUGGAAUAAAAGGUGCUGUUCGAGGGAAGGAGGAAGCUGUGGUUCUUGAUCCCAUAAAGGAGCUGAAAACGAUGGUGCACCAGCUAAUAGAGAUGUUGAUUCAGCGUGACGUCUCUUCACAUGGCCGAGAAAAUGCCAUUAACCUCCUGAUUAACGUCCCACGUAAAUCCUUACGGGAUCCAAACAACUCCAUGACGAUUUGGGUCAUUGAUCAGGGAAUGAAGAAGAUUCUAGAAGUGGCUGGGACAGUAUCUGAAAUUCCUGACAGCCUUCCAGUCACAGACAGUGGUCGGAUGAGUGUGUCAGUGCUGCUGAACAAACUCUACGAUGAUCUCAAAUGUGAUGCAGAGCGAGAAGCCUUUCACAAACUCUGUGAGGACUAUGUCAGGGGCCGCUUCGAGUCUCCGGGGAUGGAUGGAAAGCUGCAGGCUGUCCAGACUGUAUCCACCUUGCUUCAGGGGCCCUCAGACGUUGGAAACCGUGUGCUGGAGAUGAGUGGUAUUUUGGAAUGCAUGAUUGCUCUGUGUAGUUCAGAGCGGGAGCUCGACCAGCUGAUUGCCGUGGAAGCACUGAUCCAUGCUGCAGGCAAAUCAAAGAGGGCUUCUUUCAUCACUGCCAACGGCGUGACCCUACUGAAGGACAUCUACAAGAAGAAUGAGAGUGAUCAAAUCAAGAUUCGAGCACUGGUGGGUCUGUGCAAGGUGGGGUCAGCAGGAGGAACAGACUGCAGCAUGAAGCAGUUUGCUGAAGGGUCAACCUGCAAAUUGGCGAAACAGUGCCGGAGAUGGUUGUGCAAUGAUUCAAUUCAGUCCAGCACACGGCGCUGGGCGACGGAGGGGCUGGCCUAUCUGACCUUUGACGCUGACGUAAAGGAGGAGUUUGUGGCCGAUCAGCCUGCCGUGCAUGCUAUGUUUGAGCUGGCAAAGUCAGAAGAUAAAACUGCCCUCUUUGCAGUUGCGUCCACCCUUGUAAACUGCACCAACAGCUACGACAAGGAAGCGCCCGACCCACAGCUACUGGAACUUGCUAAGUAUGCCAAGCAGCACGUUCCGGAGGAGCACCCUAAGGAUAAACCCAAGUAUGUGGGAAAACGGAUUGGGAAGCUGCUGAAGGCAGGUGUGGUGUCAGCACUGGUGUGCAUGACAAAGAGGGAGAGUCCAGCUCUGACUGAUUCCUGUAAGGAGAUGAUUGCUCGAGUGUUCCUGGCUCUGGUGGAAGCUCCUGAAGAUCGUGGAGUAGUGGUAGCUCAGGGAGGAGGGAAGGCAUUGCUCCCUCUGGCAUCAGAAGGCACUGAGGUUGGUAAGACCAAGGCUGCCCAGGCACUGGCAAAGAUCACAAUCACCUCAAACCCGGAGAUUGCUUUUCCUGGAGAGAGAGUAUAUGAGGUAAUCCGACCUCUCGUUAACCUCUUGCACCUCGAUCGCACGGGCCUGCAGAACUUUGAGUCACUGAUGGCAUUAACCAAUUUGGCUGGAAUUAGUGAGAGGCUGCGCCAGAAGAUAAUUAAGGAAAAAGCAAUUCCAAUGAUUGAGAGCUACAUGUUUGAAGAUCACGAGAUGAUUCGAUUGGCAGCUACGGAGUGCAUGUGUAACAUGGUUUUGAGUGAAAAGGUGCAGGAGCUGUUUCUGGUGGAGAAGUCGGAUCGGCUGAAGCUGUUGGUGUUGUACAGUGGUGAGGAGGACGAGAAGCUGAGGUGUGCAGCUGCAGGGGCUUUGGCUUUCCUGACAUCACUGCAGCCAAAACUCUGCGUCAAGAUGACGCAGGUGACAAGCCACUGGUUGGAGAUCCUGCAGGCGUUGGUGCUGAGCCCUAAUGUUGACCUGCAGCAUCGGGGAGUCGUCAUCACACUCAACCUGGUGAAUGCGGAACGGGAGCUUGCAGCCCUGCUCAUGGAGUCCGAGAUGAUGGAAAUCCUGUCUGCCCUGUCCAAGGAUGGUGACGAGAAGAAAUGCAAAGUGUCCGCUGCUGCCAAGGACUGUCUCGACCAAGCUGUGGAGUACGGACUAAUUAAACCCACUGUGGAGGGGGACAGCCCAUAGUGGAAGCAAACACAGGACAUUCUGGGGAGCUGUGGCCUAUCUUUCAACUAAGAAGCACUCCUACUAUGCUAUUCACUACAAACCAAUGACCUUUGGAUGAGCAAUUUGCCCCACAUUGUGUCUGUUGACGACAGAGUACUGAAUAUUUAAAUGGCAGCCCAUUGCUGUUGGAGCAUUGAUACCAGCAACAUUGCUAGGCCUUAAGACAUGUUCUACUGCAAUUAUAAGUAAGGUGUUGCAGGAUUUUCCUGUAGUGUCACUGUACCAAAGCUUGCUCCCCCCAUGGGCACAUCAGACUUGUUGGGUUUGUCCUCAACCCCAGCUUUAGGCUUUAUUGUUGGGCAGUCUGUCCCCCUCACUGCUCACCCAAAUAACUACUCUACUUCAGCACAAUCAGUCAGUCAUGGGAUUGAACCCGUAGGCCAUUGCAGCCGAGAGUGAUUCUGUCAUCUCUGCUGGGGCAGAGGGGGUGGUGGAAACUUGCUCUGUCAUCUCCAGUGAAAGACUGAGAGAAAAGCCCAGUGCAAAUAAAGAGAAAAUUCCUCUUGGGCAAUUAAAACCAGUCCAGGAGAUCUCCUUUCAGCCAAAGAUCCCCGGGUUCCUUUCAAAGGGGGGACUCAUCACACCAGCAGGCAACGUGUUCCAGAGGCUUUCUCCAUAGAAAGAACCAUCAAGUCCAGUCUGGUGUAGCAUAGUUUAAGUAAUGCUGAAUGUUUGCCUGUUUGUAAUCUGCACUAAUCUGAUGUAUAAUCAGGCCACGCAGUAAUCGGCAGCUGAAAACACACUAUUGGCUGACUCUAACACACAAAAAUUGAUUGCAGCUCCUGGAGAAGACCAGAAAAGGAGGAUAAAAAGGUUCACUUGCAAAAUGACUGAACACAAGAUAUUAGACAACCAUACAUAAUGAUCAAAGAUCCUUAAAAGCUUAUAGUACACCUGGACCAAAUAAACCAAUGUCUUUGAGAAAAUCAGUGAAAUAUAGCCAGUGUUUAAUGGAAAGCAUAUUGCUGAGAAGUACAAUGGACAGUUCCUAAAUUAAGUUUUUAUGACAUUGAUGACACACAUUUCACAAUUAUUUAAACAUCCACCAAUAAAGCCAUUAUGCUUGGAUGAAUUAGGAGAGAAAUGGUUGAUGGGAGAGAGGUCAUCGUGCGGGGACUGCUGGGAGUGAGGGCGCCCCUUCUCAAUAUGUCGGCGGCCUGCGCGGAGGUUGCCGGGAGUGAGGUCGGUGACGGGAGGGCGGGAAUCUCCGCUCGGCGGUCGG